AUGCCCUUUUUGAAUGAUGUGACUUGGCGCCUUACAGUUAUUUUGAAAAAUACCUUAACUGGCACGUGUCUGACAAAGAUAGUCCAUCCGACUUGCUGUCCUCGUCUACGCAGUCUUGUACUCCUCGUAUCUUCCACAGUUCCCUCAAGUUACCCAUUGCGUGGUCUUUGUCCAACCUGGCACUACUUCCUCCGCGGUUCUUCCAAUGAUCCAGCUAUUCAGCCUAUCAACCUUGAAACUCUGAUUGUAUAUUCCAAUAACAAUCCUUGGUCCGAUCUUAUCGAGCCUCAGGCGGCGUCGGCUGCUACUGCGACAGCUCCCCAUAAUUCUGAUCUCUUUCUGUCUUUACUUUGUGCACCAAGUCUAAAAUAUGUGCUUUUUGUCUCUGAAUCAGCCCAAUAUAGCCUGCCUAAGUUAGGUUUGCUUAACUUGUUGGCUUCCUCAAUGCCAGCUCCAGUUAACAUUUUGCUCUUCAUAGAGAAGAAACUUAAUCGCUGUCACAUGGCAUCCUCGCGACGGUUCUCCAGCAAUAUUUCUCACAGAAAUAUGACUCACAUUUCAGAAUCUCGAAAUUCGGAGUCCUCUGAAAAUGUAAUUAGUGAAAUAGUGCCAAGUAAAAAAAGCAAAACUUCAAUAUCUUCAUUGUCAAAAAUUUCGAAGAAAAUACCUGUUCCUGUGAUAUCUAGGACUAGAAUAGUUGAAAAAAAGGUUGUCAAGUUAUCGUCUUUAACGGAGGAAAGUCUGGUACAUAAGUUGAGCCACUUGCAUCAUAUUUUUUGGCGACAUCUAUUACCUCUGGGCCUCCUAAAUUGCGCACGUCCACAUUACGAGUCCUAUCAUUGCCUUUAG